CCAACAUACGUAGGACUCUUGAGGCUCGCAGGUGUUUUUCUGCUUGAAGGGUGAAUGGAACUGAACCAAGAGGAGGUGGGAGAGGAAGGAGAAAUUUGACAGCAGCAGCCAGAAAGAUGGAGAGAGGUUAUUAGUGAGACGAACGAGCAACAGUGGAUGUGGCACUCUUUACGAGAAGGAAUCAGCUAACAAAAGGAACCCCUGGUCAACCCUGGAAUAAUCCGCACUUCCGGAGGGAGCAACAGGUGGGCACCUCUUAAUACUUUGCUUUGUAAUCCGCGCACGGUCAAGCGUGCUACUCGCCUAUUGGCUUGAACUAACCCAUUGUUGAGUGAAGAGUGUAGUGCGUCCAGUGUGUCUAAAAAGGAGAGCGUCUCCUCAUCAGGAACAUUUUUUGCUCUUGUUGUCUUUUAAGUACGUAUGCAUACCUUAAAUAUGUAUAGUCUCAAUAGCGAGAAUCACUGGGCCAUGUCUCAACUUUAUCAUCAACUUCCGCCUCUGGAAAUAAUAUUUGGUAGUAAACCAGUUGAGCCAGUAACAUGGACUGCUCUACAGGUAGUAGCGGCGAGAUUUGUACUGUGGGGUAGAGAGAUAUAGAGCAAAAUGCACGAGUUGUUCACUCAGGUGCUGGGAAAGAAGGACCUCUCCAAGGCGGGAGAUCUGUUCUCUGUAUUGGACCACGCGAUCGUAAAUGACCUGACCGAAGUCAUUCAGACCAUCAACCGCAUCAGCACCAUGCCUGACUACCUGAACAACAAUAACGACCAGAGUGUUGUUGAAAUUUGCAUUACAAGGGUCACUUCCGCAAUCAGAGAUACCGGAUCUAUUGAGCAGCAUGCUGAGGCUCUAGUGAAACUGCUUGAAUCGUGCCUGAGCCAAAACUUGAAGCCGUCCAUCAAGGAUGAAGAUCCACCCCAUGCCAAAAUAUCUUCAGACAUCAUUGCUUGCCUCUUCUUGAAUUACAGCAAGAAAGAAGUGAUGAAACGUGCCUUGCCAGUAGCUGUAAAAUUUCUCCACAAGGGAAACCAAGAGCUUUCGCGCAACAUGUCUUCCUACUUGUCCUUGGCAGCCAUCGAGAAUGCUGACCUACUUGCCCUCCACAUUCAGCCAAUCAUCGACUCCAUAAUUUCAGGCAACUACCCACUUGCCAGAGUUUUGCCGCAAAUCUACGAGGUGAACAAAGAGCCCAUAAACGAGCAUGUAAUGGCCCUGGCAGCCCUUUUACCCCGCUGUGAAAACCCUGACAAACUGGCUCUGCUAAGUCUCUUUGGUCUCAUCGCAAAAGAUAAACCGUCUUUGUUGGAACCUUGUCUUUCUCAACUGUGCGAAUACCUGGGUCCAGCGUCCACAGCAUCGGCAACAAUGCAGGUCUUCUUAGCCAUGGCGGCCACCAGACCGCAGUUGCUGGUAGACCACCUGCAACGGAUCAAGGACGCUGCCCAGUCUCACCCGAACACACUUGGACUGGCAGCCCAAGUCAUAUCGUCUGUGGGAAAACUCAGCAAGGACCGUGCCCAAGAUGCCUUAGAUUUUGUGUUGAAGAGCCUCCGCCAUGCUGAUAGGGGUAGCCAGGGUACGUUGCUCAGGGAGGCGACCCUUCUCUGCACUAGCUAUCCUGUUCUUAUCAACGAAAAGAUGCUGGCCCAAGUAAAACACAGGUCCGACCAGCAGAACAGUGAAAACCAGUCAAAAGUGGCGUCAAGUCAGUCGAACACUCCAACAACAAACACCAUUUCCAACACAGGGUCUGUGACGAACUCCAGCGGUGUGACCAUCAUCAAAGUGGAGAACGGCAAGCAUGCACCUGCAGAAAAGGAACCAGUGCCAAACACCACCACCACCACCACCACAGCUUUCAUUCCCAAUCGGGCAGUUUUCACAGGGCGUCCGCGCCUCGGCGACAGUCGCAGCACUGGUCGGCUCACAUCAGCCCUGCACACGAACCGCAGCAUGACCAAACUGAACGGCGGUCACGGCAGCCGAAUGGGCCUUCACCGCAGUGUGACCAGACUCAGCUCAAGUCAGCACAUCAACCUGACGCCGGUGCCACAGAUUCAGCAUGUGGUGCCGCCACCGCUGGUCAACAAGAGUGUCACGGCCAUCCAUCCGCAUCCGCCAUUGCCAAUGCCCAGGUUCAUCAGCAACUCGAGAAUUUCAAGCGGUGGGGUAACUGUGACCACCACCUCGGGAACUGUCAGCCCCACGAAGAGCAUAAGUGGAAGCAUUACUGCUCUCCGAGAGGACCCGUACAUUUCCAUUUCCACGCCAUACUCCGCCAGCUACAACAUCCAGCCCACCUCCCCAGCAUUUAUCCAAAAUGGACGAGAGACUGUCUGUCUGUACCCGGUAAUCACGUCGUCUGGCGCCGUUCAGCUGACCCAGUCAGGGACACGGCUGCACUCGCCCUUCCAGCUGUCUCAGCCUGCAGUGGCCCUGACCAAGAGCCAUUCCGGCACCACCAGCCUGUUGCACCAAUCAUGCGCCUCGGUGAUCUCGACGGCCGGCCUCCACCCAGGUGUCAGCUCGCUGCUUCCAGACACCAAGAUUUCCCUCCCUCCGUCACUGUCCCAAACGGCCAUCACCUCUCUGCAGACGGCCGCGCCUGCGCCUGCGCCCGCGCCCACCAGGAGGACCAACACGAGUGUCACGGUCAUCGGACAGGGCAUGUCCGGUAUCGCGACGGCUCAGAGAAUCAGUGUGUUUGAGCCCUAUCCUUUUAGAGACACUAUUCAGCAUUUUUGCGAGAAGCAUUUGGACAAAAUCAAAUCGUACAUGGAUAAGGUCUGCGUGAAAAUUCCACCGCCUGCCAAGUGCACCAUUGAAGAGAGGAAGGCAAAGAAAUUCGCAAAGCUGCACUUUGCCUGUCAAGGUCAGGGAGAGCAUUGUCUGUACAGCAGAGGCUUCUUCACCAUGCGGACGAGGAACGCGCGCAUUUGGAUCCACCUCAUGUUUUUGGCCCUUCAGGCCAAGUCUCAGUCUGCGCUCAGUUCAAGGGAGAACUCGUUGACCAGUCUCAAGAACUGCUGGGAUAUUCUCAAGUGUGAAACUAAAUCAUUCCUCACGCUGGUCACCUCAGCGUUCCCCUGCUCAAAAGAUCAAGACAUGCUACUGCAUGAGCUCCGCAACAGCGGCUACUUUGAUGUGUUCGAGUACAACGUCACGCGACAGAUUUGGGGCUGCUUUUUGUGCAACCACCCGGAGAGGGCGUCUGGCUUCUUGCAGACCACCCAGCCGGUGAUCGAGGGCCAGCUGAAGGAAAAGAAGGGCCGCUGGAAAAUAUUCAAACGAUGGCGGACCCGCUACUUUACCCUCUCGGGCGCUCAUCUCAGCUACAGAGGAAUUGACGACAAGGAUGCGAUCCCGAUCGAGGUCAACCAAAUCCGCAGCGUGAAAGUGAGCAGGGGAGCAAGGAACAUCCCCAAGGCUUUUGAGAUUUUCACUGGAGACCGCUCUCUCAUAUUGAAACCGAAGGAUGGCAAAAAUGCUGAGGAGUGGGUACAAUGCUUGUCGAUUGCUGUAGCCCAUUCUCACUCGAGGGAAGUGCCAACUAAAAGCUACUCUCUUCCGGCCAGAGGCAUCGGCUUCCGAACCGCCGUUUGACUGAAAUCAGCAACUGUAAUCAAGUCUAGAUACAUAUUUAAUACUUAAAAUUUCUAUCCAUUUUACAUAUUGUGCCAAUGUACUUUAAACUGAAUAUUUAUUGCUGUAAUUUCUUUGCUCUGUUAGUAUUUUACUGAACGAAAUUCUAUAAAUGAAUGACGAUUAUCCUUUGGUUAUUGCUUAAAUUUUUAAAUGGAUCAUGUGAAUGGUGAAGAACUGGUUAUAUGCUCUCAAUACAUGUGGCUUGGUUGUUUCCAAAAUAAAUAUGCUGAUAAAUUAUCGAAACCAUACACAAGUGUCUUAUAAUUUUGUAUGUAUUAAAUUAAUGAUCGUUCAUAGUU